AUGAUCGGUUUCUGCCCGUACUGGUCUAAGUCAGCUUGUCAUGGUCGCGGUGGGUGCACUUCGCUGAUCGUGCAUCAGAUCCCUUCGUCGCCGCCCAUCAUCAUCUCAUCAGGAAGGACGUUUGGUGAGGUUCGGCGGUGGAGACUGGCUCCCCUUUCGUGUCUGCCUGGAGGGCUGGGCUCGGCUGCUCCUGUUCUUCUCGAACUGGUAGGAUCAGUUCAGAAGCCAUGUGGCCUAACUUGGAUGGACAGAUUGCAGGUUGCUCCGGCCGGCCGAGGUUUCUUCGCUUUCGGGUUUCAUUCUGUAAUGCACAACAAUCUUCAUCCUUUUUACUUCAAAGCAUUUUAA